AUGGCGAACAAUCUUGCACGUCCUCCUGGCGGGAUCCUGGACGAUGCAUCUCGUGGAGGAGUAGCCACCGUACCAGUCAGUUGCCGCAGCAACGCUUGCCUGAUCUGCCAUUGCAAGCCGCCAAGCUCCAACGAAGAAACCCCACCGGGAGCCCAGCCCACAGCAAGAGACUCGUUCGGAGACCUUCCGGAGGAACUGCUGCCCACGAUCCUGUCAAAACUGGACGACGUGAAACAGGCGGCGCGGACCAGCCUUCUGUCGAGAAGGUGGAGGCACGCCUGGAAGCACUCUCCCAAGCUGACCCUCGACAUUGUCGCUAUGUGCGGCGACGGCCGUGCGUUCGUCUACAGGGAACUCUACGUGCAGAGGUUCAUCGACGCCGUCGACGAGAUACUGCACCAGCGCCGCGGUGGCGCGGUCGAGGAGCUGGAGCUGAGGUUUGACGAGUCCCACCUUCCACAGGUUUCCAGCCAUCUGAAUGUCUGGAUACGUUUCGCGGUCUCGUCGAGGGCGACAAGUGUGAGGCUUCUCGUGUGGGAAACCUUGCCUGGUCAUGGUCGCUAUGGGCUUCCCCUGCAAUUGCUCGACGCCGGAGAAGGCGUAUCCAUCCUGCGGCAUAUCCACCUUUCCUCUGUAUCGCUCAAAGUGCCUCCCAGGACACAGUCUAUUGGUUUUCCAAACCUGAAGAGUCUUGGCCUGCGCUCAGCGUUCGUGUCUAGUAGCGAUUUGCAACAUAUGCUGUCAAAUUGCUCUAAUCUAGAGCGGCUGGAUCUGCAUACGGCUGCCAGCUCAUUGCCCAAUGCGUUCCACAUGGUACAACGACUGUCCCUCUACUGUACUUGUAGAUUACCGACCGUUCCGUCGCCACUUGAGAACACCUCAAGGUUUCCCUAUCUGAGGUAUUUACAACUGCUAUUCUGCAUUUACCCGGAACAUCCCGACGCUGCACUCUCUGUCGCGUAUUUUCUAGAGUCGGCUCCGUUGCUGGAGGAAUUGGAGAUAAAAUUCGUAUCAGCUUUCAAGUAUGGUGGUGAAGGACCUCCAAGGAGGUUAGCGCAGGGUCGGUCCGAAUACUACAAGUGUCUAAAGAGCAUGAGAGCUCGUGAAUUCACAGGUCAAAGGGACCAACUAGAGCUUAUGAUACACAUCGUGGAAAAUGCCCCUGCUCUCGAGAUUUUGACUAUAGAUGCAACACGGCAACAGGUUCCGGCUGAUAUGGAUAUCCGUCAUAGAGCCACGACAUCCAUCAGUGAGAAACUUUCAGCAAAGACAAAGUUCAUUGUUGUAUGA